AUGAAUUUCACUAUUUUGAGUCAAGUUGGUGAAAAUUUAACAUUACUAAGUAAUGAAUUGUGGUUUAUUCCAUUCGAUAUUGUGAUGAUUAUUUUCAUGACAUUAGCUGUAAUACUUACUACGAUAUUUUUAAUUGUAAUAUCAAUAGAUAAAACAUGUCAUACAGUACAAAUGAUGUUUGUUACUAAUAGAUUAUUUAGUACAUUUGUACUUGGAUUAUUUUUACUUGGUUCAAGUAUAUUUACAUUUCGAAAUGAUCUUCAACAAAUUCAAUAUGAAGAUUCACUUUGUAUUUUUCGAGGUUAUAUGAUUUAUGCAUCAGGUGCUGCACAAAAUUAUUCGAAUGUUGUUGAAGCUUGUUAUCGAUAUUUUAUUAUUAUUUAUCCAACGAGAUUAUAUUUUCGAUCUGUUCGUUUCCAAGGAUUUAUUAUUUGUUUAUCAUGGACAUUUUGUUUUCUAUGUCCAUUGCCAUUUUUAUUAACGAAUAAUAUCAUUUACAAUGUAAAUAAUCAAAUUUGUCAAUUACCUCUUCAUCGUUCUUUUCUUCUAAUCUAUAUGGCAUUUUCUAUCUAUGGAAUUCCUAUUUUAUUAAUUAUUUUAAACUAUUUUAAAUUGGUUCGAUAUGUAAAAGCAAUGAGUGAACGUGUAAUAUCUGCAAAUACUUUACUUCAUGCAAGAAAAGAAUUAGAAAUAGUGAAACGCAUUUUAACACGUAUAACAGUAAUGAUUAUAACUUUUUUACCUCUUACAUUGUUUAUCUUCAUGUCAUUUUUCGAUUCUGUACCUAAAUAUCAUUUUCGUAUAGCUUAUGCACCUAUGUACAUCGCAACGUUUCCUCUUUUGAUUGUCUUAUUUCAAUUUACAGAUCCACUUAAAGCAUCUGUUAUGAAAAUAAUCAAAUGCCGAUCAAAUGCGAUCGUCGCAAGAGUAACAUAA